GGCAGGCGGGCGGAGGGAAGCAGCCGCCGCGAGGCCCAGGCCCAGGCCCCGCCCCCUCUUGCCGGCGCCCUGAGGGGUGAAGCCGAGAGAGAGGCGCGCUCGGAUAACGGCGCAGGAGCCGGGCAGGGUUCAGAGAUGGACUCGGAAGAAAUGACAACCAACAGAAGUGAACAAAAAUCAAGGAAGAUUUUAAAAAGUCUAAUAAGGAAGCAGCCUUGGGACGUUCUUUUGGUAAUUGGAACCGGAGUGAGUGCUGCUGUAGCACCAGAAAUACCAGCACUGUGCUCAUGGAGGAGCUGUAUUGAAGCUGUCAUUGGAGCAGCUGAACAGCUGGAGGUGCUUCAUCCAGGAGACGUUGCUGAAUUCCGCAAAAAAGUGAUCAAAGACAGAGACUUGCUUGUAGUUGCACAUGAUCUCAUAAGAAAGAUGUCCCCACGCACAGGUGAUUCCAAGCCCAACUUUUUCCAGGAUUGCUUAAUGGAGGUGUUUGAUAACUUGGGACAACACAUUCAGAAUCCUGUUGUUCUACAGUCAAUCCUCAGGCUAAUGGAGAGAGGCACUAUGGUCCUUACAACAAACUAUGACAACUUACUUGAGAUUUUUGGUCAGCAACAGGGAAAACCCAUGGAGUCUUUAGACCUGAAAGAUAAGGAUAAGGUUCUUCAGUGGGCAAGAGGUCAUAUAAAGUAUGGAGUUCUUCAUAUUCAUGGCUUGUAUACAGAUCCCUGUGGAAUGGUGUUGGAUCCUUCAGGAUAUAAAGAUGUUACUCAAGACCCCGAAGUAAUGGAGGUUCUGCAGAACUUGUAUCUGACAAAAUCCUUCUUGUUUGUGGGCUGUGGAGAGACUCUGCGUGAUCAAAUAUUCCAGGCUCUCUUUCUGUAUACUGUAAAGAAUAAAGUAGAUUUAGAACAUUAUAUGUUGGUACUUAAAGAAAAUGAAGACCACUUUUUUAAACUCCAGGCAGAUAUGCUUCUACAUGGAAUAAAAGUAGUAUCCUAUGGUGAUUGCUUUGAAUCUUUCCCGGAGUAUGUCGAAGAGCUAACUGCUCAAAUCUGCAAGCAGAGGAGUCCAGAUGCUGAUCUAGUAGAUAGUACAACACUAUUGGGGACUUCAUGUGUGGACUGUGCAAAGAGAAAGUUAGGAGAAAAUGACAUGGAUCUUUCUAAGAGAGUCAAACAAGCAGCUAAUGCAGUUGAUACCUCUGCUGGUGAUCUGGGCAUUGUAAAGACGUUUGAAACCCAAGUGCAGGGCAACUGUGCAGGACCGCUGGAGGGGGACGCAGAGAACUGGGCUCUUACUACUUCAGAAUUUCAGUGACUUUCUCUACCUGGCAUUGAUUGUAACAGGCCUGCUUCCUGGCAACAACAACAACUUGGAAUGGCAUUAAGAGUUUACCUUCACACACCGUAACAGGCUGCUGCUCUUAGCAGUUUUUUUUCCUCUCCCAAAGUGAACUAUUCUCACUAUCACUAGUCUCAGUCAAGAGCAGGGAGUAAGUGGGGGCAGAACGUGAGCUAAAAGCUGUUAGGUUACAGUCAGAAUGUUGCUUUCUAAGGUUAAAGUAAAAGUUUGAAAAAUAGACAAGGAUUCAUUUCCACACCACCAGAAAAAGGCAAUAUUAAGUAUACCUAACCUAAAAGUUCGAGAAGGGUGAGGUUCAAACACUUGAAAGUUAAACUGGCACAGCCUAUAAAGAGACACUUUAAGUAGAAAGUAAGGUUGAAAUUGAAUUUAUUUUUAAGAACUGCAAACAAGAAUAGCACAUUGUAUGUCUGUCAUUCAGACAACUUGCUUGCAUAUUUUUUCUUCCCCACCCACCCCCUUUUUCCAUCUACUUUCUUAUUCCU